CUGUUUUUGAUAAACAAUUAGUUUCUUUGUUGAUUUUUGCUGAUUUUCGUGUUUUGCGUAGCUUAUUGUGUUAGGUUUUAGUUUGUAAAAUAAGAACUAUUCUACAUUUCCAAUAAAACAUGGCUGUGAACGUACAUUUUACAAGUUGCACGACGGAGAAUCUGUCCCGUAAAGAUAUGCUGGCCUGGGUUAACGAAACCCUACAGUCCGAUUUCAGGAAAGUCGAAGAACUCUGCACGGGCGCCGCCUACUGCCAGCUGAUGGACCUCCUGUUUCCGGGCUGCGUCCCGUUGAAACGCGUCAAGUACUGCACCAACAUCGAUCUGGACUUCAUCCACAAUUUGAAGAUCUUCCAGAACGCACUGGUCGCGAUGAAGGUGGACAAAUCCGUUCCGAUCGAUCGGUUGUCUAAGGGCCGCUUCCAGGAUAACUUCGAGUUUUUGCAGUGGUUCAAAAAGUUCUUCGACGCUAACUACGACGGCAAGCCGUACGAUCCGCAGGCGGCCAGGCACAAUGCUCCGAUGGGUUACGGCACGCCGAAUACGCUCAAGCCAAGCCAGAAAGCAAACAUCAGUGGAAGCUGCCUUGCAUCCAUGAAGGCUCGGUCGGCGGAAAAGAAAACAACGUGCGGUUCUGCUGCUGCUGCUGCUGCGCUUGAAAAGGGGACGACAAAAUCGGCGUCUAUCGAUCACGUUGAUAGCAAUAAUGCCUGUUCGGAAAAGUUGGUCGCACUGAAGGAGGAAAGGGACGAGUUGGUGGAUAAGAUGGAAGCCGCUAGACUCGAACGGGAUUAUUACUACCAAAAGUUGAUGCUGAUUGAGGCACUGGUUGCCGACGAAGAAACCGAAGAACAUCGUGAAUUCUGUGAUCGUGCAAAGAAGAUCAUGUACGCUGAAUCUUAAAAAGGCAGCUGCCGAAGGUGAUAUUAUCCCGCAAGUAAUGCACACUGUUCGUAUAUUGUACAUAUUUAUUUCUCAUCUCUUUCAAUAAAAU